CCCCGCCCCGCGCCCUUCCCGCUGCGCAACUCGCCCAAGUUGCAAGGCGAGCCCGGGAGGCGGCACUCGGCCGAGCGCGCGGCGGCGGCAGUGGCGGCUGCGGCGGGCAGGAGGCGAAGGCGCGCAGAACCGGCGGGCGAGCGGGCAAGCGAGGAGCGCGCGCCGCGGGGAGCGCCCGGGAGAAGGCGGCGAAGGCGGAGGCCGCGCGGCGGCGCCGGCCCCGGCCGGGAAAGUAAAGUUGGAGCCGGUGGCUGUGCGCAGGGGCCGGGAGGAGCGGCGGCCCGCGCCCCGGCGCGCCGAGCCCUAGCCGGCCGGAUGGGAGGCGCAGCGCCCGGGCCGCCGCCGCCGCCUGUAGCCGGCGCCCCGGCUGGGCCCCGGGGCUUGCGGGGCCGCUCGGGCGCUCGGGCGCCGCACCGCCGUUGGGCUCACGGCCCAGGAGCUCCCCGUGAGCCUGCGAGGGCGGGGCGCCGCGAGGACCCGGGAGCCGCCCGCCACCCCCCCGCGCCGCGUCGCCUCUCGCUCCGGGCACCUCCUGUUCGGCACUUCGGCGCCGCGGCAGCUGCGGGAGCCCGGCAGCCACGCUCCACGCCGCGCCGCCCGCCCGCCGCGCCACCACGGCCGGGCGCCGGCUGCGGGUCGCCGCGGUCCCCGGCGGGCGAUGCGGGCGCCGAGCCGGGCUGCGGGACGCGAGAGCUGCGGGCAGCUGCUCUCCGGCUCCGGGCGGGACCGCGUAGCUCGCGGGAGGACCAUGGCGUCCCGGCGCUGGCGGCGGCGCUGGCGGCGGCGGCGGCGGCGGCGGGCCCCAACGCGAGCGGCGCCGGCGAGGGGGCCAGCGGCGGGGGCGCCAACGCCUCGGGGGCUGCGUGGGGGCCGCCCCCCGGCCAAUACUCUGCAGGCGCCGUGGCGGGGCUGGCCGCCGUGGUGGGGUUCCUCAUCGCCUUCACUGUGGUGGGCAACGUGCUAGUGGUGAUCGCAGUGCUGACCAGCCGGGCGCUGCGCGCCCCGCAAAACCUCUUCCUCGUGUCGCUGGCCUCGGCCGACAUCCUGGUGGCCACCCUGGUCAUGCCCUUUUCGCUGGCCAACGAGCUCAUGGCCUACUGGUACUUCGGGCAGGUGUGGUGCGGCGUCUACCUGGCGCUGGAUGUGCUCUUCUGCACCUCCUCCAUCGUGCACCUGUGCGCCAUCAGUCUGGACCGCUACUGGUCCGUCACGCAGGCCGUCGAGUACAACCUGAAGCGCACGCCGCGCCGCGUCAAGGCCACCAUCGUGGCCGUGUGGCUCAUCUCGGCCGUCAUCUCCUUCCCGCCGCUCGUGUCGCUCUACCGGCAACCCGACGGCGCCGCCUACCCGCAGUGCGGCCUCAACGACGAGACCUGGUACAUCCUCUCCUCCUGCAUCGGCUCCUUCUUCGCGCCCUGCCUCAUCAUGGGCCUGGUCUACGCGCGCAUCUACCGGGUGGCCAAGAUGCGCACGCGCACGCUCAGCGAGAAGCGCGCGCCCGCGGGCCCCGACGGCGCGUCCCCGACCACGCAGAACGGGGUGGGCGCGGCGGCGGGCGGGGGCGAGAACGGGCACUGCGCGUCCCCGCCGCACCACACCGAUGUGGAGCCGGACGAGAGCAGCGUGGCGGCGGAGCGGCGGUUGCGACGGUGCGCGCUGAGGCGGGGCGGGCGGCGGCGGGGCGCCGAGGGUGGCGUGGACGGGGGGCCCGGGACGGCGGCGGCGGCGGCUGACCCCGGCACGCUGGUGGCCGCGCGCUCCCCGGGCCCCGGUGGGCGCCUCUCGCGCGCUAGCUCGCGCUCCGUCGAGUUCUUCCUGUCGCGGCGGCGCCGGGCGCGCAGCAGCGUGUGCCGCCGCAAGGUGGCCCAGGCGCGCGAGAAGCGCUUCACCUUCGUGCUGGCCGUGGUCAUGGGCGUCUUCGUCGUCUGCUGGUUCCCCUUCUUCUUCAGCUACAGCCUGUACGGCAUCUGCCGCGAGGCCUGCCAGGUGCCCGGCCCACUCUUCAAAUUCUUCUUCUGGAUCGGCUACUGCAACAGCUCGCUCAACCCGGUCAUCUACACCGUGUUCAACCAGGACUUCCGGCGCUCCUUCAAGCACAUCCUCUUCCGACGGCGGAGAAGGGGCUUCAGGCAGUGACCCGCGCGCCCCGCCUCGCCUCCUCGUCCUGGAUGGCCUCGACCGCGGUGAUGGCCGGGCCUGGGAGAAAGCCGGGGGGCCGCGCCUUGGCCUUCGCAGGGGGGACCGCUUCCCCGGAGACUCAGGAUGGAUUGGCCUCCAAAGGACCAGAGGCAGCAGAGCCUUGGGGGGCGUGGGGAGGAGAGAGGGGGAUCCCUCUGCCUUCCCGCCUCAGCGAGGGUCUGCAUCUGGGGGUACAGGCCUGGCUCCAGCUUUGGGGGCCUUGUUGGGGUUUUGAUGGCUGAGGCAAUGCAUCCCCCAUCCCCACCAGUAUCCAUGUCUAAGCAAGGGCUGACUUCUCCAAGACCCAUUCCAGGCCUUGGGGUGACUAAGAAAGAGGGCACUGACAAUCUCUGGUUACUGAAAGUAUUUAAAUGUUUGCCAAAAACAAUGACAGCCAAAACAACCGAACUAUUUUCUAAAUAAACCUUUGUAAUCUAAGCCUUGGCUGCAGCUGUCAAUCCUUAAGCCAGCAGGUGGGGGCACCUUCCAGACCCCCCCCCACCUCAGGAACCCCCACUCCCUCCCCAUCCUCACCCAAGAAUGGACCCAGGGCUCUGGGCCGCUAGGUUCCAACCGCCUGUCUUGCAUGAGAAGGGGGGGGUGGGCGUCCUUUUUUAAAG